AUGUUCAAAGCACAAGGCUCCGAUGCUUCCUUGGUUGGAAUCGGGGACGCUGGCAUUCGCCUGUCUCUGGUGUUGAACGCAGCGGCAUGUCAACUCGCGCAGUAUGGCAUUGAAAUCCACAGUAUCGCUAGGGGUAUUACGCUCUUCGCAUUGGCUCUGAAGAAUUUGGGGAGAGCUCUACAGAGCACGGACUUGGAGUAUUCCCCCGAGGCUACAGAUAAGGCCCGGGAGAUUGCUAGCCAGGGACAGAUGGCCUUCGUCGAGAUUGAACGCAUGCUCGACAAACUACAGAGCAACGAUGCAGAUGACGACUUCAAACAUAUACCUAUGCAGGAACGGCUCAAGUGGUGUUUCCGGAGACAGUACGUCACGUAUCUACUGGCACAGUUGGAGUCCCUCAAGCUCAGCCUGAUUGUGAUGCUGCAAGUCCUGCAGCUGGGCAACUUGGCCAAACCAGGGACCAGUGAUCUCGACUCCACCGCGAUGAAUGCAGAGGACGAGAUUGCCGAGGGGAAAGCGGAGAUCCAGAACAUGAUUAUUGUGCGGUACUGGGCAGUGAAGCGUCUUGAUCGCUUAUGGGAUGCUGCGGAGCAAGAGGCUCGGGACGUCAAUAGUACAUCAACAAGCCAGAGGGUUACCACCAAAGCUGCCGAUCUUGCAAAGCUGCGCACUGUGACAUUUGGAGAGAGUGAUUCCGAUUUAGGAGACAUCGAACGGUCUCCGAAGGAUAUGGUGCACCUGUCUGAGAGGGCCUUGAGCCGCCUUCUGCUGAUCUGGAUACCGUCAUUCGAUCCUACGAAGAUUUACAAUGCUGGCAAGCAAGUCCAUCCUCGGCCUUCCGUAUCUUCAGACACGGACGACGAUGGUGAGAGCCUUGACUUUGAGAAUAUUCACUCUGGCGGUCACUACCUGGAGGGAAAUACUGUGGACUGGCGCAAGCCCCAUUCUCAAGAGGCUCGGCAAGAAGCAGCGCAGCGACGUCGUCAAUACUCCGGGUAUCAGGCGCACGUGGAAAGCGACUCUGAGAUCGAAGCGCCUCGUCGUCACGACUUAUAUCCAGAAAAGCCACGAUCAACGGUCUCAAAUGACGAAGUCGAGCAAAGGUCCAAUCUCCGCCAGCCACCUAUCAACAUCCCCACGCACCACCGCGCCCAUUCUAGUAGCGUCCCCUCCCAAUACCCUCCGACGUCGAACCCUGUCGGCAGAUCAGCUGCAUAUCCCAGUACGAGCUACCCAGCAAACCAGCCCGUACCUCGUGCCCCAGCACCGCCGCAUCUACAAACACCGCCAUCUCACGCCCCGGGACCUCCCCAGUACAAGUACAGUCCUCCACAGAGCUAUAUGAACACAGUGCCCCGCUCGAUCCUGAAGAAGUCUAACCCAACCACAAUACCGAACUUGUCACGACACACACCACCAGGACAAAUCGACAAUCCCUGGGGCCGACCUCAAGCCUACAACUCACACCAAUCACACCACUACCCCUCAACCUACCAGCUUUCAACAUCUUCCCCAGAAACCAGCCUCCGACCAUCACCGCCUCGCUCGGCGCAGCGAUCCCCAUCCCGCCCUAAUCGAUCCUCACGUGAAGAGGGAAACCGGCAAGAAACCAGGGAACGGCGCAAACGCAACGCAACUCGAGGCUUGGUCGGACUGGGAGCCAUAGCUGGAUUUAUGGAUGCACUGGAGGCAUUCUCAAUCCUGUGA